UUAGCCUUUUGCGAGGCGGAAAUCUAGUUGUGAUUACUUAUUGCGUACUAACCAACUACACAACUACUAUGUCAUCCACCAAUGAGGAGAUCCUUCAUUACCAGAGAAAGAUUCUGAAAUAUGGAUCUGAUUCUAAAGUAUUGCUCCAUUGUUUAAAUAAAUUGACAAAACUUCCAAUUGGAGUUGAACAUCUCCAAGCAACUGGUAUAGGACGGACAAUCAAUGGCAUGAGAAAAGCAGAUGGAGCUGUUGGAGAGGAGGCACGAUCUCUGGUCAACAAAUGGAAAGAGAUGGUUGCGGCAGAAGACAAAAGUGACUCUGAUCAACAAGAAGAAGACGUCAGCCAUCAUCAAUUAGAAACAACUAGUGAUAACUCAAGCUCACCAACUCAUCGUAAAAAGGACAAAGAUUCUAAAAAGAAAGAUUCACUCAAGGACAAAUGUAAAGAAGAGUCUGUGUCUACAUCAAAAAGCAAAAGUAGUUCAUCUAAAGAAAAAUCACCAGAAAAGCAUGCUUCCAAGUCAAGCAAGGGGUCUGAAAAACGGAAGGAUGUUAAAGAUGGGGAAUCAUCAAAAUCCAAAUCAUCAAGAAAAAGACGUCACUCUCAGGAAGAUUCCAAUAGCACAGCUGAUGAGGAAGAUGGUGAUGAAGCACCCACACAAAGUUUUGCAGAUGCCUUAGGUAGCAUCAAGACCAUCAGUAAGAAGAAAAAGAGCAAAGAUAAGGAAAAACACAGUGGAGAAAAGAAAAGAGAAGAGAAGAAGUUUUCAUUUUUACCAUCACCUGCCCCUGAAUCCUCAGUAAUUUCGAAACCUGUUCUGCCACCACCAAAGUCUUUCGAUAUUCUUCGACCUGCAGACCUUGAAAUUUCUCCUCACUAUAAGCCCCUGCCACUGAAAUUUGCUGCUGACCCUCUCCCGUCAAUGAAAGAUAAGGCAAAAUCUUCGGAGGAAGCAUUAACCACGGCUUUGAGCUUUUCUCAAAAAGGAAACAGAACGAAAGUUUUCUCAGGAAAUCGUUCUAGUGGUCUUGCGUUUGUACCAACGUUGUUUGACAGCUGCAUCAGGUUUUUGCAAUCAAAUGUGGAUUCUCUCGAUUACCUAGGAGUGCCGUAUGAACUUAUUCGUCCCGUACUUGAGAGAGCCAAUUCUCAUCAGUUGUAUUUACUGGAACACCACAACCCCUAUUUAUUGGAGGACACGGACGAGCUGUGGAAGGUUCUUUGUCAAAAGGAAUAUAGGAAAGCUGUUCGAGAAGAAAUGGAAACUUGGCGAGACUUGUACCUGAGAUGUCACGAGGAACGUGAAGCACGAUUAAAGAGUCUCACAUCAAGUCACAAACAAUCUAUGGCAAAAGCUACACCACAGCGCACCACCAAGUUGGCAUACGUUGAGAGUGUGGCUAAAGCACCGCGAGGUGUAGGCAAACCAGGACAGGUUAAGCAAGGUGCAUCUGCUGUGCUGGCCAGCAUGACGAACGCAAAGUCUGGAGCUCGUCCAUUUGAAGCCUCAGCUAAUCAUGCUGGAAACGGAAGCACUGCCGUGGCCGAAGUAGUCAAAAUGGGUGGGUCUGCUCCGCGAUCUUCUAGUUCGUCUACUGCAUCUGCGGCCAAGAAACCAAAGGUAGCACCCUUAAUGCAGAAGACUCUCAAAGCCUUGAAAAAUCGUUAUCGUCGAUAAGUCAUUUUUUAGAUUCUUUGAAGCAGAAUUUUCAAAUGCCAGAACUGAUUAUUAUUCAAAGAAGUUGGUGUGAACGACUUGGUACAGAUUUCAUCAUUUUGCUCGAGUCGAAAAACAAAACUGUCAUGUGACUGUGUUAUACAUGUUUGAGGAUACCCCUUUUGUCUUCUUUCAAUUGUGCGUGCGCGUGUAAAAAUUAACCGAGCGUCGAAGAGAUUUUAUAGCCACCCACCACUCCCUCUAAUUAUCAAGGUAUAGGGUGCUUUACUGUAGCAAGACAUAAAGAAAUACAUGAACUUUUCAUCGGA